GGCCUGCGUGGCCCCACGGGCCAGAAGCUGGUGCGCUUCGGCGACGAGGACAUAACUUGGCAAGAUGAACACUCUGCCCCUUUCUCCUGGGAAACAAGGAGUCAGAUGGAGUUCAGCAUUGCCUCCUUGUCCAUCCAGGAACCGAGCAAUGGCAUGGCCACCAGUGAGCCAAGGCCGCUGCCCAAAGCCUCGCAGGGCAGCAGGUCCUCCAGCCUGGACGCCCUGGGUCCAGCCAGGAAGGAAGAGGAGGCAUCUUUCUGGAAGAUCAAUGCUGAGCGGUCCCGGGAGGGGCCUGAGGCUGAGUUCCAGUCGCUGACCCCCAGCCAGAUCAAGUCCAUGGAGAAGGGGGAGAAGGUGCUGCCUACUUGUUACCGGCAGGAUCCCUCCCCAAAGGACCGGGAGGCCAAGGCCCUGCGCCUUCCCAGCACAAGCACCGAGCGUGAGAGACCCCAGCUGGUGCAGGGCCCCACCAGCAUGUUACCUGAGGUCACGCCCUGUGAGCCCCCGGGGAAGCCGUUGUCUCCCGAUGCCGGGCGAGAUGAAGAGGACGAGGACGAUGCUCUGUUCCCGGAGCCCAAGCCUGCACAGGUCACCUCAAGCAACGUCGUCUUGAAGACAGGGUUUGAUUUUCUGGACAACUGGUAAACUGUAUUAGACCAAAAAAAAAAAAAAAAAGCCAAGAACCCCAAAACACUUUCCACAGUGCUACGCGGAUGGAGGAUAAGAAGGGCAAUGUUGCCUUGUGUAUUUUCCUGGUUUCUCUACUCUUUUUCUUAAUCCUUUGGAAACUGGUAAAUAUUGCCAGAUUUUUCCCUUUUGGUAAAACCAGAUAUGUAUACUAUUUUCACUGAUUUGAUAACGGAAGUUUUACAUCUGGAAUUUUUAAGGACUGUUAGGAAUUCAGUAAAUCUUAUAAAUAAAACUUCCGUUCCCAGCUCCACCCGUUUCCCCUCCUCGCAGGAAGUUUUCUCACCAUGUCACGGAAGUCCGGCUGUGAUUCCAUCUCAUGUUCUGUGCCCCAGUGGGUGACCUCAGUGAUGUCCUCAGCCGUGAUGACACUGGCUGCUGGGUGUGG